AUGAUGAGUGACAAGGCAGCGGCAAUCGCGCUUCCUAACUCGGAGCAGUUUGUUCUGGACAACGACAGGGGUGAACAAUACCUGAUCCAGUUAUCUUGGCCGUUACAUUGGCAGGAUGAUGGCACGUCCGAUCGCGGACAGCUUCCAAUCAUUUACAUCGUUGACGGUAAUGCUCUCUUCCUGACCGCGACGGAAGUUGCCUGGCGCCGUGCUGCUUCAUCGCAUUUCGCGGGAGGAGGCAUUGUUGUCGCGAUCGGAUACCCCCUGACGAAUAAACUGUACGACGCGCGCCGUCGUAGCUUCGACCUCACCCCGCCGACUGAAAGCACAAUACCUGGAUACGGCGGUGCGGAUCUGUUUCUCGAUUUCAUCGAAAAUAAUGUUCGCCCCGCUGUGAAAGCUCGAUUCCCGCGGCUUUCUUGCUCUAGAGAAGCACUCUACGGCCAUUCAUACGGAGGAUUGUUUGCUCUACACGCACUGUUCACACGCCCUCAUUCAUUUGAUGGGUAUAUGGCCAGCAGUCCGUCGAUCUGGUGGAAUAGUCGAUGCAUAUUGCAUUCCGCGAAGUCUUUCUUAGAGAAGAAGAAGGCCUCAGAGAGGCGACCGCCGACUCUCAUGCUUUCCUUCGGCUCCUUUGAGCAGCAUCCGCCCCAAUGGAACAACGAACCGCUUGAUCACUAUGAAGCGAGAAAGCAGCUUGCUGCAGACUUGAGAAUGGGUGACAAUGUGCUCGACCUCUGCAAGAUGCUGCGAGAUUGCGCACAACUGCAUACUCUCUCGUUUAAUCCAUAUGAGGGUGAGGAACACACAAGUGUGAUGGCUUGUUCGAUAAGCCGAAGCUUGACCACAUUUUUUGAGGACUGGCCCUUGCUCGGUAACGGGGAAAUUUCUUGA